ACACCGGCAGGGCGCUCUGCCACCUCCUCCUCUGCUGCCCUCCGGCAGGGCUUCGCCCUCCUCUCUAUGGGCAGAAACGGGGCCCCUCCAGCCCGCUGGUGGGUGGUCGUCCUUCCUCUCUCCGCCGACGGAGACUGGGCCCGCACCCUCUUUUGCCCCGGCCGGUGGGCCCCGCCCCGUCCUCCUCGCCCUCCCUGGAGCGCAUCGGCCCGACGGUUAUUUGGGCAGGGCUCCUCGUAGGCAAGCGCUGUCCUCGGGGACCGCCUCCCGACCUAGUUUAGAAGGGCCUCCCUGGUCCGGCGGGCUUCCCUCCUGGGGAAUCCUGCCCCCGGCUCCCUGCCACAACCCGGCGUCGACCCCGCUCUUAACUCGGAUACUAAAAUCCCAGCGGCCGCCGCAGCUGCUGUGCCCCUGGAGCAAUUUUUCCCUCCGCCGUCGGGGGGUGGCCCACUCGUUGCCCCCUUUGCCCCGCCCCGGCAGCCUCCGCUCCUCCCUCCUCCAAUUGCUAUUGGCCUUCUCGGGUGUCUAUUCUGCCGAGAACGCCCCUUCUCCUAGGAGACUGUUGCCUUGGCCCCGCCCCGAAUGUCCCUCCAGCUCCCAGCGCCGGUUCCGGCCCUCUGGGGCCCACUUGGGGCCUAGCGGUUUUCUCCCAACUUCCUCGCAGCGCUAGCCAGCAUCUCAGGACAGUUGCUGUGCGACCUGGACAGUAGAGGAGCGUCUCCCAAGUUUUCAUCCAACAGCCACCCCUAAAGCUUCCACCCUCCUCCCCUGAGAGGACGUUUGAUGCCGGGCCCCUGAGAUUCUCAUUGACAAGCCCCUCUGGGUCCCCCUGAGCCAGAGCCUGCUGACCCAUUUGCCCACCUUUGCGGCUUUGAUGCCUAACCAUGUCUGCCUCAUCCUCAGGCGGCUCCCCCAGGUUUCCAUCGUGUGGAAAGAACGGAGUAACGAGUCUCACGCAGAAAAAGGUCUUGAGGACACCUUGCGGCGCACCCAGUGUUACCGUGACGAAGCGAACCAUGAAGGACCGCUCUUCAACUCCCCCCUUACAUGUUCACGUGGAUGAGAACACCCCUGUCCACGUCCACAUAAAAAAACUCUCCAAAACGUCAGCGACCAACAGCCAGAAAUCUCAUAAGCGCGGAAUGAAAGGGGACACCGUGAAUGUGCGGCGGAGUGUCCGGGUGAAAACCAAGGUACCUUGGAUGCCCCCUGGAAAAUCAUCCGCCCGGCAUGUGGGAUGCAAUUGGGAGAAUCCACCUCACUGCCUGGAGAUCACGCCACCAUCUUCAGAAAAGCUGGUCUCCGUGAUGCGGUUAAGUGACCUCUCUACAGAAGAUGAUGACUCCGGUCACUGUAAAAUGAACCGUUAUGAUAAGAAGAUUGACAGUUUAAUGAACGCGGUUGGUUGUCUCAAGUCUGAGGUCAAGAUGCAGAAGGGAGAGCGCCAGAUGGCCAAAAGGUUCCUGGAGGAGCGGAAGGAGGAGCUGGAGGAGGUGGCCCAAGAGCUGGCCGAGACCGAGCACGAGAACACGGUGCUGCGGCACAACAUCGAGCGCAUCAAGGAGGAGAAGGACUACACCAUGCUGCAGAAGAAACACCUCCAGCAGGAGAAGGAGUGCCUCAUGUCCAAGCUCGUGGAGGCUGAGAUGGAUGGGGCUGCUGCUGCCAAACAAGUCAUGGCCCUGAAGGACACCAUCGGGAAACUGAAAUCGGAGAAACAGAUGACCUGCUCGGACAUCAACACCCUAACGAGGCAGAAGGAACUUCUCCUGCAGAAGCUGAGCACAUUUGAAGAGACCAACCGCACUCUGCGAGACCUGCUGAGGGAUCAACACUGCAAAGAGGAUUCCGACAGACUGAUGGAACAGCAAGGGACACUAUUGAAACGGCUGGCGGAGGCGGACUCUGAGAAAGCGCGCCUGCUAUUACUGCUGCAAGACAAAGACAAGGAGGUGGAAGAGCUCCUCCAGGAAAUACAAUGUGAGAAGGCUCAAGCAAAGACAGCAUCUGAGCUUUCCAAGUCCAUGGAGACCAUGCGGGGGCAUUUGCAAGCACAGCUUCGGUGCAAAGAGGCGGAGAACAGUCGCCUGUGUAUGCAGAUCAAGAACCUGGAGCGCAGCGGAAACCAGCACAAGGCAGAAGUGGAGGCCAUCAUGGAGCAGCUGAAGGAACUGAAGCAGAAGGGAGAGCGAGACAAAGAGUCCUUGAAGAAAGCCAUCCGAGCCCAAAAAGAGAGAGCCGAGAAGAGCGAGGAGUAUGCUGAGCAGCUGCACGUGCAACUUGCCGACAAGGAUCUUUAUGUCGCUGAAGCUUUAUCCACUCUGGAGUCAUGGAGGAGCCGCUAUAACCAAGUUGUAAAAGACAAGGGAGACCUUGAGCUGGAAAUUAUUGUCCUGAAUGACCGGGUGACAGAUCUCGUAAACCAACAACAGACCUUGGAGGAGAAGAUGCGGGAAGACCGGGACAGCCUGGUGGAGAGACUACACCGGCAGACUGCCGAGUAUUCCGCAUUCAAGCUAGAGAACGAGAGGCUGAAGGCUAGCUUCGCCCCAAUGGAGGACAAACUCAACCAGGCGCACAUCGAGGUCCAGCAGCUGAAGGCAUCGGUUAAGAACUAUGAGGGAAUGAUUGACAACUAUAAGAGUCAGGUGAUGAAGACCAGACUGGAGGCUGAUGAAGUGGCUGCCCAGCUGGAACGCUGUGACAAAGAGAACAAGAUCCUUAAAGAUGAGAUGAACAAAGAGAUUGAAGCGGCGCGGAGGCAGUUCCAGUCCCAGCUGGCUGACCUACAGCAGCUGCCCGAUAUCCUUAAGAUCACAGAGGCUAAGCUGGCCGAGUGCCAGGACCAGCUGCAGGGCUAUGAACGGAAGAACAUUGACCUCACAGCCAUCAUAUCAGACCUGCGCAGCCGGAUCGAACACCAGGGGGACAAGCUGGAGAUGGCGAGAGAGAAACAUCAGGCUUCCCAGAAGGAAAAUAAACAGCUGAGUCUGAAGGUGGAUGAACUGGAGAGGAAAUUGGAGGCGACCAGUGCCCAGAAUAUCGAGUUCCUACAGGUGAUUGCCAAGAGGGAGGAGGCAAUCCACCAGUCCCAGCUGCGACUGGAGGAGAAAACACGGGAAUGUGGAACCCUGGCGAGGCAGUUGGAGAGCGCCAUUGAAGAUGCCAGGAGGCAGGUGGAACAAACCAAGGAGCACGCAGCCUCCAAAGAGCGUGCAGCCCAGAACAAAAUCCUGGACCUUGAGACCCAGCUGAGCAGGACCAAGACUGAGCUCAGCCAGCUGCGGCGGAGCCGGGAUGAUGCUGAUCGCCGCUACCAGAGCCGUCUGCAGGACCUGAAAGACCGCCUGGAGCAGUCGGAGAGCACCAACCGCAGCAUGCAGAACUAUGUCCAGUUCCUCAAGUCGUCCUACGCCAAUGUGUUUGGGGAUGGUCCCUACACUUCCUACCUGACCAGCUCUCCCAUCCGCUCCCGGUCUCCUCCUACCUAAGCCACUGCUCUUGGGCUAGGAGCUCAGAUGAAUGCCGUGGCAACAGAGGUGUCGCUAAGCCAUACCUGGAAAGCCUGUUGGUUUUCCUCUCUCUUCCUGAGAUGAAGUAUGUUCAGGAUCUUGUCUUAGCCACUAACUCCAGAAAAGUGCCUCGAGCAGCAGGGGAUGGAGCCGAACCCACUUAGUUCUCUCCUCUCCGAUAGCAUCACCUGAUGGAAAUUUCUAAUUACCCCAACAGGCCUUAAAGCUACUACUGUUAGGGUCAGGUUUUAACUCACUGUGAUUGGCUCUUUUGUUUCUCAAGAGAAUGUUUGGCCUGGACUUUCCCUCCAGACCCUUUUACAGCUCUCUUCUGUUUUAGGACUCUCUCUCUCUCUCUCCCUCCUUCUCUCUCUCUCUCUCUCUCUGGUUUUCCCUGACCUAAACCAGCAGGAGCUGUUAGGCAGAGGUCCUCACCACGCCACACGUUCACACGCUGGUUUCCUCGUUGCAUGGGUACGGUGUCCUCUCCAAGGUGCUUCCCUCCCACCUGUGGCCAAGUUUCCUCAAGGCCACUUGCCCUCACGCACUUCCCUACAGACACUCGAGGGCUUAUGCUUUACAAGUUCACCUUGUAAAAGUACGAUCCCAAUCUCCCUGAUUUUUCUCUUGGCUAGGUUUGUGUCUGUGGAAUGCAUUUAUUCUUGAAAUGUGUGUGUUUUACAAAAAGCUUUUAUAAUCAAUAUUUAAGGUUCCAUAGGAUGGUCUCCUUUAACCACACAAUCCCUCUUCUACAAGUGAUUCAGUGAAACACUGCAGAAGAGCCAGUAAACGUUUUUUAAAGGACGUGGUACAUGGAACAUAAACUAUUUCAUUUUGACUGGGUUGGCUCUUUCUCCUCUGCAUGCUUUCACUUUGCAAUCCCAUGAAAGGACCGGAGGAGAUAUAUGGUAAGGUGCUGCUCGGUAUGUGAGGGCAGAUGACUUUAGCUGUUAGGAGGAAGAUGGGUUGUGUCUGUCUUACUAUUUUUUAAAUGUUCAUUGCUUUCUGAAAGAUGAUGGGUUAUUUUUGUCCUCCUCACAUGUUCCUGUAUUUAAAAGAACAACAUAUUCUUUAGAGAGAAGAGAACACACUUGGUGUUCUCUGCUGAAUCCUAACCUUUCCAUUCUAGAUGGUAUUGGCCUCUGGGUGAUCCAGUCUGGUCCCCUCUCAGCCACUCUAACCCAAGUCCAAACCUCUGGAGAAUUCCCCUGUGUCCCCAAAAGCAGUGGUCCCACACAGGCAUCUGGGUUGCACUCCCAGAACCGCACCCCACCCCACCGCCCCCAGUUUUGGAGACGUUUGUAGUUUCCAGCUUUCAGUGGUUUGUUUUUGUUUGUUUUCUUCUUCAAUUUUAUCUUCAGCUUUUAAUUUUGCCAAGGAAGGUCCCUGAAAUUACUACCAACAGCUACCAUUGCCAUGAAACCAUGCCUAUUUUCACAUCUUUAACAUAGACUUGAACUUUCAUACAAUGUAUGAAAGAUCUUCCUAAGAAAACGUAGUUGAUAAACUUACACCAAUGUGCAUACAUUUCUGUAUAAUUCAUCAUUAUCGUCAAGCUAAUGAUAACCCCCUCAGUGCAGGAUUCUGCUGUCUGUGGUGAUGCUGUAGGAACACCUCUCUUUGGGUUCAUGGCUGGGAUUCUCCCAACAAUGUUCUGUUUUUCUUUGUAAAAUAUUGUAUUACAAAAAGUCCAGAGAUUUUGUGAAAAUGAAAAAUGUUUAUAUUGCUUCAAA